AUGUUCGUGCCGGCGUGGACUGACGAUGAGUGGUGUCUCUAUUGUGAGAUGAUUGGAUGGAAACAACCUCUUCAGGGACCAGAUGUGCGGGAUUGCAUGGAGCGCAACGUGGCAUGUUGGACUGGUCGGAAUCCGCGGGAUCUCGCGGAGGCUAUCUCAGCGGAGAAUAUGGAUGAGUGGAUGGCACAGCGGAAGCUGGCCGUCAUUAAGGCAGGCAUUCAGGGUGAUGGUUCUGGAGCAGAGCAGGCCGUGGAAAUGCCGAGCAGUUCCAUGGACUCGAAGGUGGUUGAAAUGGUUGCCGAUGAGGAAGACAUCUUUUGUCCUUUCGUUGGCUUUCGGACCCCCUUGGUGAGGAUGAGCGUGGCGGCGGCGAUACAUGAGCACUAUCGGAACGAAUUAGUCCAGAAGUUGAAUAUGCCUGGAAUUUCGUCGAUCGGAUUUUCGUUCGAGCUCGUCUGUCAGAUGUUUAUCUCGCAUGGCUACGAGUUCAGACAUGAGGAGUUUAGCGCUGAUUCUAAGGGCAUCAAAACGGGACCUGCAAUAGGCGAUAAAUGGUGGACUUCCGAUCAUUAUUUGGGCUCGGUGACAUGGAGAACAUUUGAGUCGACGAUGAUUAAGCUGAAAAAGGAGACAAAAUCCUGGACACAGAAGCCUAUCUGCCUCGUACCAGCAGAAUCGAAUUUCCCAUGCGUUGAUAUUUUGUUGUUGAAGAAAAAAACCGCGCAUUUAAUUCAGAUCACAGUUGGUAAGCGUCAUAGCUUGGCGCUGGAAAAACUUCAGGACAUGUGCGGUGUCAUGAAAGCGACGGGAAUAACCAAAAUACGGUUCUGCUUCAUGUUGCCUGAAACGAGACUGCACGAGUGGAAAGGGAUUUCUGGAGGCAAGGCCAUGCCAGACGAGGUCUCAGUGACACUUAUCGCCGUACACCACCAGUGGCCCGCUGCUGCCCGCCGGACGCGAGGUCGUGUCAAGACGUUGAAUGGAGAGCGAGAACUUCGCCAUGCCGAGAAAACUGCCACCGAAAUUACUGUUGAGCCCACACUGUCAGAAGUGCUUCAAGGACUCCAGCACUUGAAGCAAGAGGUGAAGGAUGGGCUGACCGAGGUGAAGGAAGAGCUGAAGGGGGUGAAGGAAGAGCUGAAGGGGGUGAAGGAAGAGCUGAAGGGGGUGAAGGAAGAGUUGAAGGAUCUACGGACGGAUGUCAAGGAUGGUUUAACGGCAGUGCGAGAUGAAAUUCGGACUUCCAACGAAAAACUCAUGACUUUUCUUGGCACUCUGCUUAAUAAACCUGCGAUUACAGGUAGCUGA